UCUGCCUCUGAUGUGCUUUCCACAUCUAUUUACUGAAAGCCCACUUUGGAGGUGCAUGUGAGUUUAAACACGGAUUGAGAAAGUUUUGGAUGAUGAUGAUGGCUGGGUUCUCCUUUUCUCUUUUUUCUCUUUUAUCUCUUUGGAUAAGUUUUGGCAGUGCUGAUGCUCUAAGUCUGAAAGACCAGUAUAUUUGCUACAUCUUGGAUGCCAUUCUGUUUAUCUAUGGGAUUAUUCUGACUGUUCUGUACUGCAGAAUGAAGAUACAGAGUAAAAAAGCAGAGAUUAACUCAUACCCAGGGAAGAAAGAUGCCGGUGAAGGGGUUUAUGAGGGUCUCAAGCCUCAUAAUCAGGACACUUAUGAGACCAUCAGCAAGAAAAAAGGAAAAGAAUAAGAUGUGUUUCCAAACAAGAGGAAGAAAGACAUUACUCAUUUUGGAGAUUGUACCAGUAUCCGCUGUCAUUUUGUCUUGAGUAUGUAGCUAUUGUAAGCUCCUACAAAACAAAUGUAUAACAUAGGAAAUACUGCGUUUUUGUAGUUUACUUUAAUAACCUUUGGUAAUCGCUCACGUAAGGCUCUGUUUGUUUUUUGUAUAGAGAUGAUCAGAUAAUUAUAUAGAAUGUAGAAGCUGAUGAACAAAUCUUUAAAGUAUGUUUCUGUGUCAUUAUUAUACUAGUUUAAUUGUUUAAAUUAUGUUACAUUUUUUAUAUUCUUGUAAUGAAUGUAUUUUUCUGUUUUUCUGUUAAACCACAUAUCUGAUAUUGUAGCUGAUAGCAACUAUGCCACACUUUGUGUCACUAUUUCUGAGGCUAACUUCCUGCUCUGGCUUCUAUAGAAACAAGCCACCAAGCCCACGGGGUCCAAGUCAUUUCCUGUUUUAAAGAGUACAUGAGUGGCCUGACAAAAAUACAUGCAACUUUGACCACAGGUGUGAGAGAUGGAAACAGAGAAGUGUUUGAUGGUGUACGUUUCUCACUUCUUUGCAAAAUGAGACAUUUGUCAUAACUAAAUGAGAUAUUUAGCUAAGCAUGUGUAUAUGAAACAACUUCACAGAAAUUACAUUUAAUGAAAGUGCAAGAGUUUUGUCAUAGGGCCUACAAUAAAUUCAAAGACUGUGAUUGCACAGGUUUAGUUUAGCUUUUUUUAUUUUUAUUGAAUUAAUUAAUGUGUUUUCUUCAUUGCACAUUUAUAUUUUAAAUUGUUUUUUUUUUUAUUAUUUAUGCUUUCAGUUUUUUUUAUUUUGUUUUUCUUUAAUUAAUUCUUGUGUUUUCUUCACUGUACAUUUAUAUUUUAAAAUGUUUUUCCUUUAUUAUUUUCUAUCUUUUAUUCUCCCCACCUUAGGAAAUAUAAUAAAUGGCUCAUAAUUCAGACAUGCCUGCACCAACAAUGAAUGUGAUUCAAUAGGGCCUGACUUCUGAGUAAUUUUAGACAGGAAUUGCAAAAAUGUAUGCAUGAUCCAUGUACAUUUACAUUGAUUUAUUUAGCAGUCCCUUUUAUCCAAAGCUACUUACAAAUGAGAAUAACAGAAGCAGAAGUGAUAAAUCCAAGAGAGAACACAAUUCAAGAAGUAUAUACCAAAUAGAAUAGUAUAGAAGCAGAAAUAAUUGUAUUGUUCAGGAGCCUUUAUACAUGAAAAAAACAAAACAAAGCAGUGGUGUAGUAGUGACUGAAGAGGUGGACAUACUGUGAUUUUAUCGAGGAUCCCUUUAUCACAUAUUACUUCUUAUCUUAUUAGGCUAUUUGUUUUAUUUGUGUACAAAAAUGUUAUUUUCUGUGUAUAGUGAAAUAGCUUUCCUAUUAAGAAAUAUAAAUUAAGAUGAUUUGAUAUCACAAGGAAAAAAGGCACCACUGACAGCAGUAAAAGACAGAAAAAAAUGACAUUUGACAAAAUUACAGGACAACUUGUCAUCUGCGAAGAGCAUAAAAAACUAGCAUGGGUGCAGUGACACUCAGUAUUUUCCCGAAGAGUAAUAGCAAACAAAUUUAUUUAAAAGCGCAAAAUAAUGAAUGAACCUCCUUGCUGUUCUGGCGUAUCAUAACUAAUUUAAGGUGGGCAUACACAAAAUCCUUUGAAAGAUAGUUGGGUGCACUAGACUACACUACUGGUUGUGAUUAAUGCUGCCUUCAUGUGCUAUCGGAAUUAUCCUACUUCCCAAUUCUGAAGUGGUAAUUACGAGUAUGUAGCGUUCAAGUGCUUCAUGUCAGAAAAAACGUUCAUUCAUAUAUAUUUCUUGAGCAGUGUUGUGUAAGUUACUCUAAAAAAAGUAAUUAAUUACUAACUACUAAUUACAUCUUCUACAGUGUAAUUAGAUUACUGUACUAAUUACUCUUUCUGAAAAGUAACUGCAUUACUUAUUACUAAUUACUUUCUAAAACCCUGACCAAACUCGACCAGAUGAAAAAUACAAGGAUAGACAUGAAACUGUUCUUUUAAUUCUUUCAAAUAAAUCAUAUAAAAUCAAAUCAAUUAUUCAUGACUUGGCCAAAGAAUUUAAGGGGGCUGCAUUAAAUUAGAAAACAUACAUUUUAACAUUAGACGUUAAAUUUUGAUUUUAAAUUCACUAUUGUUUUAUAUAGAAUUGCUCUAGAGUCUCCACAGUAUUUAACGCAAUUACAUCAGAAGUAACUAAUUAAAUUACUGAAACUUAAGAGUAAUCCCUUACUUUACUUUUUUCAAUAAAAAAGUAAUUUUAUUACAGUAAUUAAUUACUGAGUAAUGCAUAACACCCAACACUGUUCUUGAGGGACUUUUAUUUUGCCACCAUAAAAAAAUAUUACUCAGCUUGCUGACGAUAAUGGAAUUUUGGUCAAAUGCAAGAUAUUUUAACAAUGUAAAAAUGUACAACUUGCAUCAAAUGGUUGCUGAUAUACAUAAAUAAAUAUGACCAAAACGAUAAGCGCUAACAAUUAGCUUUAUUAAGAAAAAUGAAUAAAACGUCAUCACUACAGAAACCGUAUUCUCCUUCACCAUCUUGAAAGUUUACGACUCUCCCAUCUCAGAAACUCGGUAUCAAAAUUAUCUCAGAGUUUCCCAGUCAUAAUUACGACUUGAGGGGUUGUUCAUGUGCAACUUCCAAGUGGGAAACUCGUAUAACGAUAAUUCCAAUAGCACGUGAAGGCAGCAUAAUUAGUUGUGACUUUGAACAUUUACAUAAUAGGGUACAGGCUCCCCAAGGUAAAAGGCUCCUUUGAGUUUAUUUUCUCCCAAAACACUAAAUAGCAACAGAACCUACCACAGCACUUUCCUAAACACCUGUUUGCAAAAUUUUCCUGAUCCAUGAGAUAUUUGCGUGAAAUGUCUAAAGAUUGGUUUUUAAAAUAUUGCAAUUGUAUGUAACUAAUGAAUAUCAUGGAAAUCAUCAUAUUUAUUUUGAGACAAAAUACUUAUUUGUCAUUUUCAAUUUUAAGGUGAAUAUAUAUAUAUAUAUAUAUAUAUAUAUAUA